CUCAGAGGGGAGUGGACGCUGCUCGCGAGGAUGGUGCUGGAGAGCGUGGCCCGUAUCGUGAAGGUGCAGCUCCCCGCCUAUCUAAAGCGGCUCCCUGUCCCCGAGAGCAUUACCGGGUUCGCCCGUCUCACAGUUUCAGAAUGGCUUCGGUUAUUGCCUUUCCUUGGUGUACUUGCACUACUUGGCUACCUUGCAGUUCGUCCAUUCCUCCCGAAGAAGAAACAACAGAAGGAUAGCUUGAUUAAUCUUAAAAUACAAAAGGAAAAUCCCAAAGUGGUGAAUGAAAUAAACAUUGAAGAUUUGUGUCUCACUAAAGCAGCUUAUUGUAGGUGUUGGCGUUCUAAGACGUUUCCUGCCUGUGAUGGUUCACAUAAUAAACACAAUGAGUUAACAGGAGAUAAUGUGGGUCCGCUAAUACUGAAGAAGAAAGAAGUAUAAUAGUAAUGAAUUAGGAUUGAGUUCAGUUGUGUGCUGUAAAAUCUCCUAAUAAUAUUUUUUUCAUUCUUUGUGUAUAGAAGAUCUUUCAAAUGGUGGUCUUAAUUAUUGCUAUUGGUUGAGUAAUUAUUUCUGCCAAUUUAUUUUCUUGCUACACUACUGUUUAUAUUUGAUACUUUGUAUAUUCAAACAAUCAUUUAUAUAGAAAUUAAAUUGUACAACCCUUUCAUUCUUACUUCAAAGACUUAAUGUUAUUUUCCUAAAUAAAUCAACACUCUUGGUUUUAAUUGAGAAAAAUCUAAGUUUUUGGCAGUGUGUCCAAAGCUAUUCCUUUGAAUAUCAAUAUUUUCAAUAGAAUCUACACUUAGAAAUUUUCUCUGUGCACUAUUAAAUAUAUUGUUUUCCAGUC